AGACCGACUGGUCACACAGACGAUAAGCAGUUCUCAUCUAUCGAAGUUACGCCGGCACGGCACGUGUAGCUAAGUAAAAAGUUUAUUCUUUAGAUUCUCUCAAGCUCUCCAGUUUGCAUUUAAGAACAAAAAUGGCCGCCGCUAUCAAGAAGAUCAUCCCCAUGCUGGACCGCAUUCUGAUCCAGAGGGCCGAAGCGCUGACCAAGACGAAAGGCGGUAUCGUUCUACCAGAGAAAUCGGUGGGCAAAGUGCUUGAGGGCACCGUUCUGGCCGUCGGCCCUGGCACCCGCAACGCCACCACUGGCAAUCACAUUCCCAUCGGAGUCAAGGAGGGCGAUCGCGUUCUGCUACCCGAGUUCGGAGGCACUAAGGUUAACCUGGAGGGUGACCAGAAGGAGCUGUUCCUCUUCCGCGAAUCCGACAUCCUGGCCAAGCUAGAGUAGAUCUCGCCGCCGGAUCACGUCUCACAAUUCUAUGAAUUCUAUGUUUUCUAUUAGUACGUAACACACCCACAAACCACAACUACAAUAAACGCUGAUGCAAUAUUAUUGUUUGCAUUGCGCAUGGACCGUCAUUGAAUAAACUUUCGAGUUACUUGUUAAAA